UAAACAACCAAGUGACCCAAGAAAGAGGAGGAGGGGCGAGCGGAGGACUUUCAUUCAUCUUUGUUCCAGCAAUCACAACACAUCUCACAACAACAGCCAACAUACAACAUGGCGUCUGAUGUGGCGCGGGUUUCCAGAAGGCUGCAGGCAGCCAAGGAGGACAACGUGCUGGACUUGAAGGAAUGCAACCUCAAGUCAAUCCCUCAGGCCAUCUUCCUCGUCCUUCGGGCUGAGCUGGACACGAUCAAGGCCAUUGAUCUCUCGAACAACGUGUUGCAGAAGGUGUCGCCGAAGCUGGAGCUCUUCACGGGCGUCGAGCGGUUGGUGCUGUCUGGCAACCCGAUCAGCAACUGGGACUUCUUGUCGUUGGUACCUACAGUCACGGAGCUCGUCCUCGACACGUGCCAACUCGAGCAGCUGCCACCGCAGGUGUAUGGGCUGACCAAGCUGCGGCGCCUCAGCCUCCAGGGCAACACCAUCACAGAGCUUGAUGUGGAGCGCACGCGGGCGUGGGAGAAGUUGGAGCACUUGGACGUCACGGGCAACCCGCUUGCGCCCGCCGUUGUUGUUGAGCUGCAGACCAGGCCUUUCUCCUUGGCAUUGUAGCAGCUUUGUGGUGUGCAUGCGUGCGUGUGUGUGUGUGUGUGUGUGUGUCCGUGCGUGUGUGUAUGCUUGCGAUGUAUCGACUAACUAGAGCGUGUAUAUCGAUCGAUCAAGGUGAACCUGUGGCCAACCCACAGUGAACUAUAACCAGGGCGCAUGCCCACAAACAGACA